AUGUCCGUCCAGAUCCAACAAUGCUUCCACCGGCGAGAGACGACGAUUUCAGAUAUCCCUCCUGCAGGGUCUUGCGCAAUGCGUCUCGAAGGGCUAGAGAGAAUGUCCGACAAGCAAAAGAGAGAGCUAGUGGAGGCAAUCUCAACCGACAUUGGAGCGUUUAUUUUGUGUUUGCGUGAGCACAUCAAAGCAGGGAACGUGGACGCGGAAAUGACUGAGUCAUUCGACGAGGUGGUCAAAUUGAUCCAAGAGACGGAUGUCCAACAUCGGAAGACGUUGGCGGGAAAAGUGCGACGGCUACGGAAAGAGAGACAUUGGACUCGCAAAGAAUACCGGAGAUAUGUUCGAAAAACGGAAAUACUGGCACUGGAACACAAUCGCAAGGUUCAAAGACUGAAGGAAAGAGUGAAGGAUUUACAGGCGCAGAUUGUGGCUUUGCAGGGGGAGCAGGACUUAUUGCGCCUGAGCAUGGAAAAGAAGCAAGGAAAGGAGAAUAGGGUCGAGGAGAGGGAUGAGGGGCCAGAAAAUCAUCCUCCUUCAGGGAGACAGCAAACUGCUAGGGACCUGGAGCCAUCGACAGACCCUGAUGAGGAAUGGAAAGAUGAGAGCGUCAAACAGGAGGGUUGUUAG